GGGUCCUGCAAAGGGAGAGCGAGAGCGGCUCCACUGUCUACUUAUAAGCAGUUCCUUUCUUUUGUUUACAUGUCUGUUGCACCUCACCGAGUUUUUCUAUUCUCUUUCCUCUGGUUGGUUAGCAGAUUUCUCAGGGGACUUCCCUCCUCCCUUGAGGAUCCUUCUCUUGAAGCGAUAUGUCUCGAAUGGGUAAGAGAGAGAGAGGAAGGGAGCUUUCUUCAGUCCACCCAUGGGACGUGUUGGGUUUUAAUUAGCUGCCGACUCAUUCAUCCAAAUACCGAGCGAGAGCAAGUAACACAGCUCCGUAAAUGAAUGGAUGAUGCGGGAGUCUUGUUGAUUCCCAAGCUUUCCGUGAUUGGACUGAAGGGAGCUCCCUCUAUCUACUCCCUCCUCUUUCCUUCUUCAUCACAUCAUUCGUCUGGAAAUGCUAUUUAAUGUUUUCCUAUCUUUGUAUUUUGGCGAGACAUUAUCUUUUUCCAUUUUUAACUCUUCUUGAAAGCUCAUUCCAGGGGUCCCGAAACCUUGUUUCGUCAUCUUUUUCCAAUUCUCGCUGUUUAAUAGCGACAGUUGGGUUUCACUCGGUCACUCAAACGCGAUUCAUGCACUUCAAGGAGGUAGACGAGAAAGGAAGAACCGACUCAUUUGACGUUUUGGGCGUGCCCUUGUUACUUCUUAUUAUCUUGUUUUGUAGAGCAGCUGAAGUCUACGGCAGUCAUCAUCUCAUAUACUGCAAGUAUCUAACCGCCCUCCCAGUCAUCAUCAAGGAAAUUUGGGGUCUCCUUUUCGUCUGGCUUGUGCACAAAACAGAUGCAGACCUAUUUGCUUUUGGUCUACAGAAAACAACAGACCAAACUCAACCACGAGGCUUAAGCAGCUAAGGUCAAAGUUUCUCCGCCAACAGCAACUCUCUUUCUGGGACAACAAUUUCCCAGGGACAUGCGUGUCUCACGCACAGAGGCCGAUGCACCGAUCUACCCUCCACGUCGCUCCAAAACAUGCAGUGAAAAAGCAGUCGGUCGUGGCUAGGAUGAGACCAGUAUUGUUUUAUGAAGAAAUCUAAAUUUGUCACUACUGUUACAAUAUCUGUGUUAAUCUGAUGGGGAAUAAAAUAAUCUUUUGAAGUUCGUACCAUAUGGUAAAAGAGGUGCAAGGUGUAGUACGGUAUAUUUUUGGCCGAAAGUGGUGCGAACUUUUUAUUCUAAUUUAUCAAUACCUUAAGCGGAAAGUUAGGUUUUCGAGUGAUAUUAUAAGCAAAAAAAUGAUGUGUGAUCG